AAAUAGUUUGAUACGAGUGUUUAAAAAAAAAAWAUAUAUAUUUUUUUGAUCGGUUUUGUUAAUUUUUUUUAAAUCACGCGCGUUGUUCGCCCAAAAACUAAAUGUCACUUGCGCACCGAGUGUACGGGUUUUCCAAUAAAAGUCCGCCGGCCGCUCUUAUAGUGUAGUGGUUUGCAGUCGAAAAUAUUGUUCAGCCAACGUAUCAUUGGAGGCCGCCUAUUGAACUUGAUASUGUACGAAAAUUCAACCCCGUCAGCGAGCGCGUGUCAAUUAUGACACCCAGCCACAAGACCUCCGCCGUCGUCGUGCUGUUGCUGGCUUGUGUACUCCGAGGAUUAUGCCAAGAACAAAAGCAAAACGGUGAAGGAUUCAAAUGCCCAGAAGAAUUCGGGUACUACCCACAUCCAAAUGAUUGUUCCCAAUAUUAUGUUUGCGUAUUUGGAGGUGCUCUUUUAGAGUCAUGUACUGGAGGUUUGAUGUACAGUCACGAGCUACAAACAUGCGAUUGGCCUCGUAAUGUAGGAUGUGGUGCUGAGGCUACUGCUACCCAACCUGAUAACCAAGAAAACGCAUUAGCUUUGGCUCGAUCAUCUGAUCGUCAAAGGCAUCCAUCAGCGCAACCUCAAAGGGCUACUCCAUCUAUAUUUAACCAACGCCAUCAAGUUCAAGACCAACAAGUCAAUGAACAACUUGUGAAACAACAACAAUUAUAUGAAGAAGAAGACUUCAGAGCAAUUGAAGAUGACAGUGAUAGACAACAAAGAGUAUAUAGAGGUCAACCUUCCACAUUGGGUCAAGUAGCUAGAGACAGAGAUGGAAUUUCUAAACAUAGAAAUAUUAUACCGCAAUUUGCAGGUGUAGAAAAAAACAAACAAUUUCAAAUACCAAAUCAAAAUUACAGACCACAACAGAUUUCCGUUCCAUCAUAUGUGGUUGAACAGACUGUACAACCAAUGACCACUACUAAAACCACCACUUCCACUAGUAGCCAUAAUGGAACACAAUAUGAUCCAGCUUUUUAUAGUAUUUAUGAUGACGAUUCUGAAAUCUACAAAGAUGUUGAUUAUGGUCAGUUUACCUUAUCAUCAGUAAACAAUAAUAACAAUAGAUUAAAACCUCAGCAUCAACCACAGCUUCAGUCUCAGCCACAACUUCAGCUUCAGUCUCAACCUCAACAAGAUACAUUUAGAGUCCCGGCACCUUUGCAACAACCCACACAAAGAUACCAAGCGAAUACAUAUGUACCAGAAUAUAACCUUAAGAUCACUGAAGAAGAAGCUCAACGAGAGCAACAGACCAAAGCAACCUACAGGUCAACAGUCGUCGGUGUAAGUCCCUUCGUACCGGACCGCUCAAAGAUUAAAUUCCCCGUGCAGACAUCAACUCCUUCAAGGUUUACAUUUCCUAUAUCAACAUCCAUACCAUCCACAUUACCUUCAACUACUCUUUCAACAAUUUUCUCUUACCAAUCAACCCCUUCAUUAUUUUUACGACCCCCAUCGCCUCAGGGAAACUAUUUCUGGACAACCAUGUCUACUACUCAAAAAUCAAAACCUACACCCCCAGACUUUAGAAUAAUCGUAGAUCCUUACAACACCACACAAUAUGAUGUAACCACACAUCGUGGUACUGUUAAGACAACACCGUUCAAAGUUAGAACCACCCAAGCUCCAACUACCACUUCCACCACACCAAGUACAACUAGUACAACAUCAACAACUACUACUCGAUCGGUGGAUUUCGAUCAAGAGUACGAUGUUGUAGUUGAAGAUGAGGGAACGGGCUAUAUUGAUGAUAAUUCAGUAGAAAAAACUAGUACAACGUCCUCAACUACUAUAGCCCCACUUAGGUCGUCAGAAUUAAAAAAUACUAAUGAUUAUUCAAGAGUCAAGAGCGGUCCGAGUAUUCAGCCAGUCACGGUGCCAGCACCCACAAGCAAAACAGUAACAGAAUGCCGAGAGUGCAACGAAAAACCAUCAAGAGGCAGAGUGCGAGGAGGUGCAACAUAUACGACAGCAAGCAGUAAUGAUAUCGAUAGAGGAACUCCUGCAGUUGGGAGAACAAGACCGACAUUAAAGCCAUCCACAUCCAUUGUCAGUAAGGCUUCAGAGUUUGUAGAUGUAUACAAAUACGCACCUUCACGGCCUGAUCCAAUCUAUCCGACACCGCAACCCGAUAAAACUGCUGCAAAAUGUCGGAAGGACGUUUGUCAACUACCAGACUGUAGUUGUGGUGGCAAAGAAAUACCGGGUGAUUUGGCACCAGAAGAAACUCCGCAAAUUGUCUUAUUAACUUUUGAUGAUUCGGUUAACGAUCUCAACAAAGGACUUUACACCGAUCUAUUUGAAAAAGGCAGAGUAAAUCCCAAUGGCUGCCCGAUAAGUGCUACUUUUUACGUAUCACAUGAGUGGACAGAUUACAGCCAAGUACAAAAUUUAUAUGCUAGUGGUCACGAAAUUGCCUCGCAUUCAGUUUCGCAUAGUUUUGGAGAACAAUUUUCGCAAAAGAAAUGGACAAAAGAAAUUGUCGGGCAAAGAGAAAUACUAUCCGCUUACGGUGGGGUCAGACAAGAAGACAUACGAGGAAUGAGAGCACCAUUUUUAGCUGUGGGAGGUAAUAAAAUGUUCAAAAUGUUGUAUGACAGCAACUUUACUUAUGAUUCUUCUAUGCCAAUUUACGAAAACAAACCACCUAGCUGGCCAUAUACACUUGAUUAUAAAUUAUUUCAUGACUGUAUGAUACCACCAUGUCCAACCAGAUCGUACCCAGGAGUAUGGGAAGUCCCUAUGGUUAUGUGGCAAGAUUUGAACGGAGGCAGAUGUUCAAUGGGAGACGCUUGCAGUAAUCCAUCAGAUGCAGAUGGAGUACAAAAAAUGUUAAUGAAGAACUUUGACAGACAUUUUACUAGUAACAGGGCUCCAUUUGGACUGUUUUACCAUGCGGCUUGGUUUACACAACCUCACCACAAAGAGGGCUUCAUCAAAUUUUUAGACAAUAUCGUCAGCAUGCCUGAAGUUUGGAUCGUCACCAAUUGGCAAGCCAUUCAAUGGGUGAGAGAUCCCACAUCAAUCUCAAGAUUACAGUCAUUCACACCAUUCCACUGUGACUUGUCGGAGAGGCCAAAGAAGUGUAACAAUCCAAAAGUGUGCAACCUAUGGCACAAGUCAGGCGUCAGGUAUAUGCGUACCUGUCAGCCAUGUCCAGACAUAUAUCCAUGGACGGGAAAGUCUGGAAUCAGAAGUAGUCGGAUUGACGACGGUAGUGAAUAAACAAUCAUCAUCAAUAGGCCAAAACGAUUUAGAUUUAUUAUUAUUAUUAUUAUUAUUAUUAUUACUAUCAUUAUUAUUUUUAUUACUAUUGUCAAUAUGAAUUAUGAAAAACUAUAAACAUGUGACCACUUUUUCACAUCGCAUUUUGGCACGACGUUGAAAAACUGAUUACAUGUACAACAUGCAACAUACAUAUUAUGCUCAAUACGACAGUAUAUUAAAUAUUAAUCGCUUUAAAAAAUAUAAUUUAUUACAAUUUCAAUCUUGUUUACAAUUYUGUUUCGCAGUAUGAUAGUCUCUAUAGAAAUUAUAAUUCUCAAUCCUUAAACAAUCGAAUAAAUAUCGUAUGCGACCUA